AUGACUUCAUCCAUCCCACGAGCACCAACAUCAUCACCCCUCGCAGACGACGAAGCCCUCGGCACACCUCUUUUCGCAAAUUACCCACCCAUGUUCGUCCUCCCGACACGACUCACAUUGGACGAACUACAUACGCUGGAAGACCAACUCGGGCGUCUGGAAGCUACAUUGACAUACGACGUCUCGGAAGCCCGGAUAUUUAUAGGUACGAUUGUGCAACGGAAACGAGCAGCGUUGGAACUAAGGGCGAGGGGAGUUUGGACUGAGGAGGUUAUGUCUUUGGAUACCGCUGGUUCUGGAGGUGGUGGUUCAGCGAAGAGACAAAGGCAGGACUCGUCGUCGCCCUCACCAAAGAGGAGGCGAUUGGGGUCGCGGAAGGGGGAGGGAUGGAGUCAGCAGGAUGUAGUCGAUUUAGGCAGUACAGAGACCGAGAACGCAUGCGUAGAUAGUAGGGCUUCGUCACCGGUGCAGCAACAGAGAAGACUACUGCAAUCAUCUGUUAUCACUGCCGAAACCAAUACGCAACAAGAACAAAACUCAAUCGUGCAAGAGAAUCACGUCAAGGUUGUCAAACUCGAAUGGAUAACCCAAUCAGUCAAAGCAGGGAAAGCACUGAAUAUUGAUCACUUCAUCGUCUACCACGGAAAAGUGAUUGCACGACCACAAGAACCCACCUCGACGCAGACGCAUAUACCAAUCUCAAGCGUAAAAGAAAGCGGAGGAAUCCUAGCCCGUGCCAUAGGCGACGCAGCAUCCAGGCCUGCCCCAUCCUCCCAAUCGUCAUACACCUCAAGAUUCGCCUCGUCAUCAAGACACGCCGGAAAAGCAGCAAUAACAGCAGGAGGAGGAAACAGCUCACAACACUACAGUCCACCCACAUUAUACCGACAAACAACCUCCGAACACGAUGCCACAAUCCUCAUCCCACCGGCACCAGACUGGGUCAAAAACCGGAUUAUGUACGCCUGCAUGCGCUCAGCACCUUUACACCCGCCAAAUGAAGCAUUCAUAAACCAGCUCGUCAAAAUUCGCAAAGUGCGUGAAUUGACCCUCGACGAAAUCGGGGUACGAGCUUAUAGUACAUCGAUCGCGGCACUGGCGGCGUAUCCGUAUGAACUUCGCACGCCGGUGGAAGUUCUAUCGUUACCAGGGUGCGAUACGAAGAUUGCUAAUUUGUUCGUCGAGUUUCGGAAUAGUUCCGAUGGAAGAUUGGAAGCUGCUGAUGUACUUGAUACGGAUCCUGUGAUUAGUACAAUCCAUCAGUUCUAUAAUAUCUGGGGAGUGGGUGCCAGAACAGCCCGAGAAUUCUAUUAUCAACGUCAAUGGCGCGAUUUGGAUGAUGUGAUUGUGCAUGGAUGGAAUAACCUGUCACGCGUACAACAGAUUGGUCUAAAAUAUUACGACGAAUUCCUGGCAGGUAUCCCGCGCACAGAAGUCGCCGAAAUCGCGAAAACGAUUCAUCGACAUGCAAUCCUCGCCAGACCCGGUUGUGAAUACGACGGCCAGGGAAUCGAAUGUAUCAUUGUAGGCGGAUAUCGUCGCGGAAAGGAGACGCAGGGAGAUAUAGAUCUGGUUCUGAGUCAUCGUGAUGAGCGCGUUACAAAGGAUCUUGUCCUUGACGUAGUCGGUAGUUUGGAGAACGGAGGUUGGAUUAAGCAUACUCUCGCUUUGCAUAUGACGACCUCAAAUAGAGAGCAGCAAACGUUGUCGUUUCAUGGUGAUCCGGGAUCACAUCAUUUCGAUAGUUUAGAUAAAGCACUUGUUGUGUGGCAAGAUCCUCAUUUUGAGGCUGACAAUAAUAUCGAAAAUGAAGGGGAAGGAGAGGUCCAAAGGAAAAAUUCAAACCCCCAUCGACGGGUCGAUAUUAUUAUCUCACCAUGGCGUACAGUUGGUUGCGCCGUAUUGGGCUGGUCAGGCGAUACCACAUUUGAGCGGGAUUUGAGACGAUAUGCUAAAAAGGCGCAUGGAUGGAAAUUUGAUUCUAGUGGCGUGCGAGAGAGGACUUCGGGGGGUCAUGUUAUUGAUUUGGAGAAGGGGGGGAGGACGUGGGAGGAGAGGGAGAGGUUGGUAAUGGAGGGAUUGGGAGUUGGAUGGAGACCUGCUAGUGAGAGAUGUACUAGGUGA